UCCGCUUCAGGGCACUGGUCGUCUCACUCACUCACACUCUCCCUGUACGAUUACGGUAAAAAGAGAACGGAGAAAGAGAAAAAAGAGAAGAUUCUCUCUCGUAGGAACUACUUUCCCGAGAAAAAGAAGAUUCUCUCUCCCUCUUUAAUUUGAUAUCCUUGGUGUUAUAUUAUAUAUAGCAUCUGCGUAUUUUCUGGCAAAGCCAACGUUCUGAACCAAACAGGAGACGCAACACCAUGUGGCCAAAGAUCGCUGGUGGCGUGAUCUUGUACGGUCUGGCAGAGGCAUACAACUGGUACAGCGACGACGUUUUGGUGGAGGAAUCCUCUAAAUAUAAUUCCCUCUUCGCAGUCGCAAAUAGGCUUGAAAAGGUUUUUGGUGGAAAUGCGUAUGUGGGGCUUCGAAUUCCGGACGCCGACACCGUUUCAAGACAGGAUAUCGACAUUGUUCUUGUUACCGAAGGGAAGGCAGUGGUGAUAUCUGUUAAGGAUAUAUCGGGAAUUGCAGCAGUGUUUUCGGAUUGCUGGGUUAUUGUAGAACCCAUUAAAGGCACAGAAGAGCGUCUUCCUAAUCCUGUAGUGGAGACUAAAAGGAAAGCUUCAAUUCUUAAAUCAUAUCUUGACCUGAAAGGAGUUGCUCUGCCAGAAGGAUAUUUUUCUUGCUAUGUUGUACUGCCUAAACCGAACUUACGGAUCAUUUAUUCAGGCAUUUUUCCAUCUGAAGUCAUUACCUAUGACCAAUGGGAACAACUGAAACCAGAACAAAUUAAAAAAAGUAUGUUUUCUGGUUGCGCUGAAGGUGCCUUUCGUGGAAGGGAAGAGAUGCAACGGUCUAUACAUCAGAAGUUUGAUUUCAUCCUUAGCACAGCUCCAAUGUGGGAUAGGUUGGAGCUUAAAGGAAAUAAAUAUGUCCUAGGGGAAUUUCGUGAUUUCUACGGAAAUCAAGAAGAGAUCCAGACACUGAAAAAAAUAAAAAGAUCAAAAGUUAGUCACCUGCAGAUCGUCCCAAAAACGAGCAUCUUUGGACUUGAGGGCCCAACGCUCAAAGUUUUGUACUCUUGUCGAGAUUGUCAGGGUGAAGGGGGUUCGGCUUCUGAGAGGAAGGAAAUUAUUGUAAGUUCGAGUAUCCACGUUCUCUUUCAGCCAAAGAAUUGGGCUAAAAUCUGUUGUUUGAAGCUCUCUUCGCUGGUCUCUCUGUCACUGAGUACCUGAACAAGUCUUAAGCCUCUGCUAAACAUAAGUUAACAUUACUGCAGCUUGGAAAAGGUGAGUCUUUAUUAUGCAUAAGAAUAAGAUAUUGAACAAUGAAUUUAUAAGCUCCUGUACCCCCAGAAAGUGGGGAUUGGUUGUAUAUUUAUAAUCCAAACACUAAUACAUCUUUAGCUUCAACAUUAUGUUACACUUGAAUUCCGAUCUUUCUUCUUGUAA